ACUACUACUACUAUCACCACUACCACCGCAACCACAGCGGUACUGAUACUACUACUACUACAACUACUAUUAUCACUUUUACGAACAUAACUACGACAGUAUGUAGAAGUACAUAAACAAAAUAACCAGCGUGUCGACAACACUAAAACGAGCAACAAGAAGACGAACAAGAACCAGUAAUUCUAAGUUUAUAUACCGAAGAAUUUAUUUACCAAAGGAUUCAUUUACCGUACCAAAAUGGGGAAAUCUUUGUUUAAAAACGGAAAACUAAAACAGAACAAUGGAGUCGUUCUAACAGAUAUUUACACGAUUUCUGACAAACUCCCACCGCAAGAUCAAACUGGAUUGAAAAACAACGAGAAAAUGGAAGCAAACAAAACAAAAAUGGAAAAUGACAAAGAAAAACAGAAUCUUAUUUUACAGAGCGUUGGGGAUAAUGAUGCCCAGGUGGUUAUUCAUCGCCCAGUCUACUCCCAGGCAAAAUUUGACAUCGGCUUUGAGGGUAGCAAACGGCCUAACCCAACGUUAAAAGAAACCAUCAAGCAGCAAGUGAAAAGCUGUAAGUGCUCAAAUGCCUGCUUCACCAAAUUCAUCAUUCAACUGUUUCCUUUCCUCACUAUAAUGAAGGGCUAUAGUCUACGCCAUGAUCUUUUCAGUGACAUUGUUGCUGGUCUUACUGUUGGAAUAAUGCAUGUUCCUCAAGGAAUGGCCUAUGGACUCCUUACACAGCUCCCACCAAUACAUGGCUUAUACGUUUCGUUUUUCCCAGUUUUGAUAUAUUUCUUCUUUGGAUCCUCGCGACAUGUCUCUAUUGGAACAUUUGCUGUUGUAUGUUUAAUGGUUGGUGCAGCAGUCGACAAAAAUUACAGCAAGCUAGCCAGUGCAGAGGGCAUAACAACACGAGCAGCAAACCUCACACCUUCCACUUCCAGCAUUACUGAAUACACUACAGAUGCCUACACACAGACCGUCAGUGGGAAUAACUCAGUUACCCAAAGCAUCAUUGAAGAAGAAACUGAUGUGACUGAUCCAGUGAAAUUAGGAAUAGCCAUGGCAGUGACCUUCCUUGUUGGAUGUAUCCAGUUCUUGAUGGGUGUUCUCCAUCUGGGAUUUGUGACGACAUUUUUAUCUGAUCCAUUAGUGAGCGGCUUCACCACUGGUGCUGCUUGCCAUGUAUUUACCAGUCAGGUCAAACACGUGUUUGGAGUGAAGAUGGGUCGAUACAGUGGUCCAUUGAAGUUGAUAUAUUCUUACCGAGAUUUCUUUAGUAACAUCCCCGAAACUAACCUCGUUACUCUUGGAGUGUCAGCAUCAGCCAUCUUCAUUUUGGCUGUCGUUAAAGAACACAUCAACAACAACCCCAAGAUCAAACCAAAGUUGAAAAUGCCAGUUCCAAUAGAAUUAAUUAUGGUCGUCCUUGGUACAGUAACUUCCCAUUUUCUAAAGCUGGGUGAGAAACAUAAUGUUGUUAUUGUCGGAAAAAUCCCGACUGGUAUUCCUGCACCAACACCACCACCAUUUAACUACUUGGCUGAUGUUGUGACAGAUGCUAUAGCCAUAUCUAUUGUAGCUUUUGCCAUCAAUGUGUCCAUGUGUAAAAUGCUAGCUAGGAAACAUGACUAUGAUAUCAAUCCCAACCAGGAAUUAAUUGCUUAUGGUUUCUGCAAUGUCUUCAGUUCCUUUUUCUCAGCCUUCUGCAGUGCCGUCUCACUCUCAAGAAGUCUUGUCCAAGAAAAUGUUGGCUGUAAAACUCAGGUGACUGGUUUAUUCUCAUCGGUGCUAAUCCUAAUAGUACUCCUUGUUGUUGGCCCCUUGUUCAGGACCUUACCAAAUUGUGUUCUGGCUUCAAUUAUAAUUGUGGCAUUGAAGGGAAUGUUCCGACAAUUUACAGAACUUCAUCGUCUCUGGUGGAUCUCAAAAAUAGAUUUUGGUGUAUGGCUAGUUUCUUUUCUUGGAACUGUCAUCUUAGAUGUUGACUAUGGUCUUGCAGUGGGUGUUAUUUUCUCACUACUCACAGUCCUGGCUCGUUCUUCAAGACCCUAUUCUUGUUUACUUGGUCAACUGCCUAACACAGAUAUUUACAGGGAUGUGUCAGUAUAUCCAUCAGCUGUCCAAAUUAAUGGUGUCAAAAUUUUCCGUUUCGAAGCUUCACUCUAUUUUGCCAAUGCUGAAAACUUCAAACACCGUAUCUAUGAAAUGACGGCUGUCAAUCCAAGAAAACUGAAAACGAAAAUUCAAAACAUCAAAAAAGACUCUGCUAAUGAUACAGGUAAUUCUAACUACAAUAUCGACCUCACCACUGUUAUCAUUGAUGCUUCAAGUUGGAGUUAUAUUGACACUGUUGGCGUGAAGACUAUCUCUCAGGUUUUCACUGAAUAUGAACGAAUUGGUGUCAAAGUGUUGUUGGCCCAAUGUAAAUCAGCCAUCAGAGAGAUGUUUGUGAAAGGCCACUUGUAUGAAUCUGUUACAGAGAAUUCUUUGUUUGUCACUGUCCAUGAUGCUGUACUUUCUGUCAUACAACCAAAUUCACAGGCUCAUAGUUUGGAGCCAGGAUCUAAAGAAUCUGUGACAAAAGCUUCAACAUCCCGCUUAGAUGCAGACGUUGAGUGUAUUCAAAUGAACAACAUGAACACCCACGAGAGGCUUUAAACAAAAGAAGAUAUCAGUAUAUCGACUUAUUCAAAAGUCUUCCUACCAACUCUGAUUCCAUCCACUAUCUGCAUCUCAGCAGACUUUUGUUGUGGUCAUCAUUUUCAUUUCUAUCAUAACAUGAUUUUCUUUUUAGUUUCAAUUUGUAUUCCAUUCCUGUGCUAAACUGUCAAGUUUGUGCACAUGUGUUUAUAUGUCUGUAUAUGUGUGUACGUUAAUAAUUAUGAAGGAAAAAAAGAUUAAGUACUCAAUUUCAUAAAGGAGAGUAUUUAAUUUGAUCAACGUGAAACCAAUGCUGGCAACUAUUGGCAGUUAACUCAUGGACAACUAUUUCAUGCAAUUCUUUAGUUCAAGCCAUGAGUUUUUUUUUUAUGUGAGCAAAAUGUUAGUGGUGUCUUGUGUUGUGUUCAACCAACUUAUAAUUACAUAUAUGUAUAUACAUGUAUGUAUAUGUGUCUAUAUAUAUUUACAUAAAUAUUUGUGUGUGUAU